UAAGUUCAUUUCCUCAGUGGCAUGACGUAGGUGGGGGAGGAAGAUAGGGAUCGACUAUGGAACGAGCUGAAGAUGCAACCUUAUAACGGUACCGGCUGAUAGAUAGCUGAACUCUUUGUUCACAUCAAAAAAAGUGGAGGACCCGACGAGACAGACAAAAACACAGACAUGCAGUUCAAAUACAGAAGGCACUGAUUUAUUUUUAUAGGAUAUUUUUCUGUGCUUCUUCAAGGGCUGGGUCCGUUAUCGCUGUUGUUGGCGGAACCGGCUGGCCAAGAUGUCUGUGGAAGAACAGGAAUAUCCCGAGGCGACUCUGGUGGCAGAGGCCGGGCCGCAGUGGUUUCGGGCGGAAUUAGAGCGCCUAUCCCGGGAGCUGAGCGAGACGACUCAUGAGAAGAUCCAGGCGGCGGAAUACGGGCUGGCGGUGCUCGAAGAGAAGCAACAGCUCAAACAGCGUUAUGACGAGUUGGAGACCGAGUUCGAGACUGUUCGGCAUGAACUCGACCAACUGAAGGAGGCAUUCGGCCAGGCCUACUCCACCCAUAGGAAGGUGGCUGCAGAUGGGGAGAGCAGGGAGGAGUCACUAAUGCUGGAGUCAGCCAGUAAGGAGGCCCAAUACCAGCAGAUGGUCCUGGAGCUGCAGAACGAGCUGCGGUUGGCCAGGACUGCCCUCACCAGCAACCAAUCAGAGAAUGAGCGCCUGGCCUCCGUUGCCCUGGAGAUGAGAGAGAGUUCUGAGCUGGUGGAGCUGCAGCGCAGCCAACUGCGUGAUGACAUCAGAGAGUAUAAGGUGCGAGAGGCACGCCUGCUGCAGGACUAUAGUGAGCUGGAGGACGAGAACAUCUCCCUGCAGAAACAGGUGUCCCUGCUCCGACAGAGCCAGGUGGAGUUUGAGGGUCUGAAGCAUGAGAUCUGUCGUCUGGAAGAGGACUCCCAGUGCCUCCACAGCCAGUUGGAGGAGGCCAUGCGCCUGCGGGAGAUCGCCGAGCACCAGCUGACCGAGGCUCUGGAGACCAUUAAGACUGAGCGCGAGCAGAAGGCCGCCCUGCGUAAAGAACUGUCCCACUACAUGACCAUUGGGGACAACCUGUUACCGUACCACCACAGCCCCCUGAACAUCUCCCUGGACGGCUUCAAGUUCAGAGAGGAUCCCACUGCUGCCACGAACGAACCCAACAAUGAUGACUCGUUCCAUGGCUAUGAGAAUGGCCUGGCUAAGAUGGCUGCAGACUGCAACGAGGAUAACAGAGCCAAGCUCCGGCCCGCCCCCAGCCUAGUGGAUGACCUGCUGAGUGAACUCAACAUCUCAGAGAUCCAGAAACUCAAGCAGCAGCUCAUGCAGGUUGAGCGGGAGAAGGUAGCACUACUUUCCUCCCUGCAGGAGGCCCAGAAGCAGCUAGAGGUGGCCCACGGGACUCUGUCUGAGCAGCAGGAGAUAGUAGGACGUCUCACCGAGAACCUCAGCGCCAUGAGGAAACUCCAGGCCAGCAAGGAGCGCCACUCGGCCAUGGACAGCGAGAAGGAGCGUGACAGCCGUGACAAUGGUGACGGGGACUACUACGAGCUGGACAUCAACGGGCCUGAGAUCCUGCAGUGUAAGUACACAGUGGCUGUGUCCGAGGCCGGGGAGCUCAGACAGGAGCUUAAGACUCUUAAAGCAGAGUACCAGUCAUGCCGGAGCCAGUACGAGGAGGAGCGAGCCCACCUGGAGAGCAACGUGGCAGGGCUGAGCGAGAAGCUAGCUUCCCUGGAGAAGAGCAGCCGGGGGGAGCACGAGGAGAUGGAGCGCCUGGAGAAGGACCUGCGGCGGGUGAGCGAGUCGGCAGGCGAGUCGCAGGGAAGUCUGAAUGUGGCGCAGGACGAACUGGUGGUGUUCAGUGAGGAGCUGGCCAACCUCUACAACCACGUGUGCAUGUGCAACAACGAGACGCCCAACCGGGUCAUGCUUGACUACUACAAGGAGGGCAAGGCCAGCGUAGGUGGCGGGGGCGGCCGGGAGGGGAAAGGACGACGUCUGUCCCACGUUCUGCUCUCCAACGGGCUGGUCCCUGAUACUGACCCCAGUAAACCUGAAGCCAAUGACCCAGCCGCCCCAGCCCCAGUCUCAGCCCCAGAAUCCCGCCCAGAGCCUAUGAACAUCUAUAACCUGGUGGCCAUCAUCAGGGACCAGAUCCGUCACCUGCAGCAGGCGGUGGACCGCACCACAGAGCUGUCCCGCCAGAGGAUGGCCACCAUGGAGCUGAGCACCGUGGCUGAUAAGGACAGCGAGGCCUGCAUGGGGGAGAUCCUCAAACUCAAGUCCCUCCUCAGCACCAAGAGGGAGCAGAUCGCCACCCUGAGGACCGUGCUCAAAGCCAACAAACAUACGGCUGAGGUGGCGCUGGCCAACCUGAAGAGUAAAUACGACAACGAGAAGACCAUGGUGAGGGAUACCAUGUUGAAGCUCCGCAACGAGCUGAAGGCUCUGAAAGAAGACGCUGCCACCUUCUCCUCACUACGGGCCAUGUUCGCAACAAGGUGUGAUGAGUACGUAACUCAGCUGGACGAGAUGCAGAGACAGCUGGUUGCGGCGGAGGACGAGAAGAAGACCCUGAACUCCCUGCUCCGCAUGGCCAUCCAGCAGAAGCUUGCCCUGACCCAGCGUCUGGAGGACCUGGAGUUUGAUCAUGAGCAGGCGCGCCGUGGUGGGGUUACAGGAGCAACGACGAGCAGUCGGGGCAAGACCUCGUCGGCGCGGGGCAAAGGGGCUUCGGCCAAUCAUCACUAAUUUAAUCAAGCCGUGUCCUUCAAAGGUUGACAGUCAGCUUGCCGAUGAUUACUUCAGUGUCCCCUCCUGGCCUGAGACAAAUGUCAGAGACACGUACUGCUGUAGUGUGAGGACUUUGUUUCUGCACACACACACACACACACACACACACACACUCUUGACCUUUACAGACGCGUGAAAUCCCCAGGGGUUUGGUGUCUUGGUGUGGCUGCAGGAAACAACAAAGACUCAUGGGUAUGAUGACCAUAGAGAUAUCUACGUCUAUUUCUGUGGGCAUGACCAUAGAGAUAUCUAGGUCUAUUUCUGUGGGCAUGGCCAUAGAGAUAUCUAGGUCUAUUUCUGUGGGAAUGACCAUAGAGAUAUCUAGGUCUAUUUCUGUGGGAAUGACCAUAGAGAUAUCUAGGUCUAUUUCUGUGGGCAUGACCAUAAAGAUAUCUAGGUCUAUUUCUGUGGGCAUGACCAUAGAGAUAUCUAGGUCUAUUUCUGUGGGCAUGACCAUAGAGAUAUCUAGGUCUAUUUCUGUGGGAAUGACCAUAGAGAUAUCUAGGUUUAGUUCUGUGGGAAUGACCAUUGAGAUAUCUAGGUUUAUUUCUGUGGGAAUGACCAUAGAGAUAUCUAGGUAUAUUUCUGUGGGUAUGACCAUAGAGAUAUCUAGGUCUAUUUCUGUGGGCAUGACCAUAGAGAUAUCUAGGUCUAUUUCUGUGGGAAUGACCAUAGAGAUAUCUAGGUUUAUUUCUGUGGGAAUGACCAUUGAGAUAUCUAGGUUUAUUUCUGUGGGAAUGACCAUAGAGAUAUCUAGGUCUAUUUCUGUGGCUAUGACCAACAGUUUGACCCCCCCAUUGUGAUUCAGUCACUCAUCCCACAUUGUCCACCACUAUACUGGUAUUACUCUGUCUGUGUUUCCCCUGAUGACUGCACACUUUUCAUGUCUUUUUAUUUCUCUUUUUUUUGCUUGUAAUUCACACCUCAGUGAAUUUGUGAGGUGUUCAUACGCUUUUAAGAAUUGUUACAUGUUUGGUCAUUGGAGCAUUAAUUAGUCAUUUAAAUAUUUGAGCUUUUGUCAUUAUAUAACUGUCAGAUUGAUAACAACAUUUCCAUGGAGAGCAAACCAGCAAAGUCAUAGGAACUAACUUGCUCCAGUUUUCUCUGGGGUCAAUAUUCAAUAGGACUCACAAGCUAACAGACAUUCUCUACAAGCACAUAGAUGAACAUCUUAAAUUGGAAUUAGUUUUUUCUCUCUUUUUUUCAAAUCUUGUCACAUAUUGAUAAUGUGCUUAAAAAAAGUUAACCAGUGAGAGCAGGAUGUUCCAGCAGGACAUUCAACCAGUGUGUGCCCAGUGGGUACUUCCAGUGAGAGCAGGAUGUUCCAGCAGGACAUUCAACCAGUGUGUGCCCAGUGGGUACUUCCAGUGAGAGCAGGAUGUUCCAGCAGGACAUUCAACCAGUGUGUGCCCAGUGGGUACUUCCAGUGAGAGCAGGAUGUUCCAGCAGGACAUUCAACCAGUGUGUGCCCAGUGGGUACUUUCAGUGAGAGCAGGAUGUUCCAGCAGGACAUUCAACCAGUGUGUGCCCAGUGGGUACUUUCAGUGAGAGCAGGAUGUUCCAGCAGGACAUUCAACCAGUGUGUGCCCAGUGGGUACUUUCUGGCCUUAGUUUAGACCAGUAGUUUGUUCUGUCCACAAAAGAGAAGCUGGAUUUAGAUUUGAAUGUUCUCUAUGUCUUUGAGAAUUGUGGUGAGAGGUUAUGACCCCAGUCAAUAACAGAUUGAGGAAAAUAAUAGGAACUGUGGUGAAUUGUGUGAAGUGAUUCUGCCAACCUGCAAGCAUGCAGAGUUGCAAAUUUAGGGGCUAUUAUUAUGAUUAUUAUUAAUCGGUAAACCUUAUUUUAAGAGUAAUGAUACCACAGCUGUUAACUUUGGCUGCCUAGUUAAUAGUGGUUCAGAGCGUUUUCGGUGAUGGCUGAGGGAGAAAUUACUAAUGCAAAUACUUAUUUAUACUCUACCUUUGUAUGGCAAAGUUCAGGCGACUAUGGUGGAGACUUUUUGUAUUGUCUGUUUUAAUGCAAUUUUAUGAGCCCUUUUUACAUCCUCUAAAAGUGUUGUUGUGAUUUCAACAAACAGACUAAGUUAAGUCAUGAACACAUCUGCAGUGCCAUUUAAUUUAUUGUUGAUGCAAUAAAAGUUACAUUUGGGAUUCUCUUUUUUUACAAGUGCAAUUUGAACGCAAUCGAUAUAGAAACACAGUAUAAACAUUCUCUGUCUGUUUGUCUGCUGAUGCUAUUGUUACAUUUUACUACUACUUCUUACUCACAAUCUUGAUCCUAAUUGAGUUGUAUAUCUUUGUACUAAAUAACUUCACUUGUUUGUAUUUAUUUUUAAACAAUAUCAUGUAUGUUGGCAUUGUCGAUAAUGAUUAUUGCCAUAUUGAUAGAAUAUCGAUGCCUUUUUUCAUGUCGUCUUCAAGAGACUCUGGAUGGAGAUGGUAGGUGAGAUGUGUGCUCAAUAGAAGUCAACAGCCUACCUGUAUGAUGAUGAUGUUGCACUGGCAAGGUGCAUGUUUCAUAGUUACCUUUAUUCUGCCUAAAGGUAUGCCAAAUAAACCUCACUUUAGUCUUUAUUCUGCCUAAAGGUAUGCCAAAUAAACUUCACUUUAGUCUUAA